AUGAAGGAGAAAAGGAACCUCAGAGUUUGGGUUCAGAGCUUUAGAUCUUGCACUGACAGCAGACGGGGACACAGCAGCUGGACUGGGAGCAGCAGGGCUUGCAGCAGCUGGACUGGGAGCAGCAAACGGGGACACAGCAGCAGGACUGGCAGCAGGAUGACCCACAGCCUGAAGAGCAGCAGCAAGGUUUGCAGCAGCUGGACUGGGAGCAGCAGGGGACACAGCAGCAGGAUUGGGAGCAGCAGGGUUUGCAGCAGCUGGACUGGGAGCAGCAAGGCUUGCAGCAGCUGGACUGGGAGCAGCCACAGGAGCCACAGCCCCCCUUGCAACCCCCACAGGAGCCACAGCCCCCCUUGGAGCCCCCACAGGAGCCACAGCCCCCCUUGGAGCCCCCGCAGGAGCCACAGCUGGAGCAGGAACAGGCUGGCACACAGCAGCACACGGGCUUGCAGCAGCAGACGGGCACACAGCAGCCGGAGCCACAGCCGGAGCCGCAGCCCCCACAGCUGGAGCCACAGCCCCCACAGCUGGAGCCACAGCCCCCACAGCUGGAGCCACAGCCCCCGGAACAGCCACAGCAGCCCAUGGUUCUGGUGGGUUGAGGGUGGAUCAGGUCAGAGGAGCAGGUGCAGAGGACAGAUGCUCAGGUGUGGAGACUUCUGGGCCAGAACCCUUUAUAUAUCUGUCUAGUGGCUUCACAGGCCACAAGGUCACUUCCUUGUGACUGUUUAUACUAUUUUCAAGCCCUAUUUUUCCUCUUUGCCAGUGCCUUCCUACUGGCUCAGGAGCCCAGGCACUGGUCACCUGCACUCUCUGUUGGCCUCAAGUGACCUAUGGCUCCUCCUGCCCAGGUGCCAUUACCUGUGCUGUGCUGACCUCUUCCAAUAGUCCUCUUCUAUGUUAAGAUCGUAAAA